AACUGUUGAGUAGCGUGGCAGCGUGGGUACUGUAUUGUUGUUCAAGUGGCGCGCAGGAAGAACUGAGCUCAGCUGUGUGGCCGCAGCGCCGUGUGAGUCCAGUUGCGUGAGACAUCUGGUGGCCACUUCAUAAUAUAUCGCGUAUAAGUGAAAAAAAACGUGUAAAUUAAACGUUUAUUUGGAUUUUGGACCCCGCGUUAUUUAAAAAACGCGUAAACCAAACUCACGUAAAUCGAGUUACCUGUAUUACUAAUAUUACUGGCCUGGUAGUUAGUACAAGUGGUCAUAAGUCGCAUAAGUGAUAACUCGCGGACUACCUGCAUCAAGUUAUGAGUAGUCACCAAGUUAUGGCAGGGCUUGGUUCCAACAGGCAGGUCAUAAGUCAAACUGGUUGUGUCUAAAUUUACACUAAAAAAUUUAUCAUUCAAAUGGCUCACCACGAAUAGAGCAGCAUUCCCACGCCUUCUAACCUCUGUCCUCAAGCACUGGCCUCACCCCAGCCCUAUGUUCAGGUGACCUGUUGGCCACGUAGUAUUGUGCAACAUUAUGCAAGGGAACUGCCAAGUUUUGCCAAGAUGGCAAGGUAAAAAUAUUAUAAAUGGGUGAAAAAGGAAUAGAUGACCGUAUUUUGCAACAUAUGACCCGCUCCAGCGUAUAUGGCGCACCCUAAGCUUUAAGGAAAUAAUUUGGGAAAAAUAAUUCAGUGCUUAAAAUGCUCAAAUACUUGUAUGGUUAAGCAAGACUGAUGAUGCACAGCUUCCCCAAAAAAUAUUUCGAAUAUUUAUUUGUAUAUGUAGCCUGUACUGCUUGAAUUGGUAACAGUGUACAUGAGUCAUACAAUACAAUGUAAUUGGCUGUCAGCCAGCGGUGUGGCGUUGAGUAUCGUACCCUUGUUUUACUCCAUCCAAACCUGAUCUGCGUAGGCGCAUGCUUCGCUUACAUACACAGGGUGGAUGAAUUUCAAAACAGUACCAUGUCUAUUGCUGAGGGGUGCAGGAUAUCUCAUUUAUCACAUUUACCGACAUACAAGGGGUGCAGGAUAUCUCAUUUAUCACAUUUACCGACAUACAAGGGGUGCAGGAUAUCUCAUUUAUCACAUUUACUGACAUACAAGGGGUGCAGGAUAUCUCAUUUAUCACAUUUACCGACAUACAAGGGGUGCAGGUUAUUUCAUUUAUCACAUUUACUGUCAUACAAGGGGUGCAGGUUAUCUCAUUUAUCACAUUUACUGGCAUACAAGGGGUGCAGGUUAUCUCAUUUAUCACAUUUACCGACAUACAAGGGGUGCAGGUUAUCUCAUUUAUCACAUUUACUGACAUACAAGGGAUGCAGGUUAUCUCAUUUAUCACAUUUACCGACAUACAAGGGGUGCAGGUUAUUUCAUUUAUCACAUUUACUGACAUACAAGGGGUGCAGGUUAUCUCAUUUAUCACAUUUACCGACAUACAAGGGGUGCAGGUUAUCUCAUUUAUCACAUUUACUGACAUACAAGGGAUGCAGGUUAUCUCAUUUAUCACAUUUACUGGCAUACAAGGGGUGCAGGUUAUCUCAUUUAUCACAUUUACUGGCAUACAAGGGGUGCAGGUUAUGUCAUUUAUCACAUUUACUGGCAUACAAGGGGUGCAGGUUAUCUCAUUUAUCACAUUUACUGGCAUACAAGGGGUGCAGGUUAUCUCAUUUAUCACAUUUACUGACAUACAAGGGGUGCAGGUUAUCUCAUUUAUCACAUUUACUGGCAUACAAGGGGUGCAGGUUAUUUCAUUUAUCACAUUUACUGACAUACAAGGGGUGCAGGUUAUCUCAUUUAUCACAUUUACUGACAUACAAGGGGUGCAGGUUAUCUCAUUUAUCACAUUUACCGACAUACAAGGGGUGCAGGAACAAACUCUCAUAUUUCCAGCAUUUUUCAAAUUUACAACAUACGUCAUUUACUUUUAUAAAAAUUAAAAUAAACUUGGGUGGGUCAAAGUUAGUACUGUGAUAAAUGAUAACCUGCACCCCUUGCAUAAGAAGUUGACAAUAAACACAGUACCGUGCUGAAAUUCAUCCACCCUGAGUAUGUAAACAAAGCCCAGGUAUGCACAGACCAGGACCGGACAGAAUAAAACACGGGUACAAGACUCGACACCACACUGGGUCGGCAGAAUAGCAGGAUAACAACAAGGUAUGGGCAAUCCUCAACCGGUUUCAUUUCUAUGUUUUUUUUAUACCAGUUACCGUAUUUCCCGCCAUAUAAGACGCACCUAUAAUUUGGCAAGAUAUAUUUAGAAAACGAAUAAAAAAACUCCAGAUUUUCCCUGAACUUAAUGUAUGUGCAGUAUUACAUUCGGCACCUUACUUACAAUUAUGACUAUGACACCGUAUGUUGCCCUGUGCCCUUCUCUGUGUUCAAAGUGUUCCACUGCUGGCUGAAGAGUUACACUGCUCUUACCCCGAGCAGCUGUGACUUUGAAAUGGUAAACAAAAAGGUUGGUUAGUGGAUGCAUUCACUGCGGUGUGCAGGCGCUAACUUUCGCCGAGCUACUGAGGAAACUAAUCACAAGGGUAGGCGGUGGCUGAAGUGAUAGCGUACUGGACCCACAUUCACCGCGUGAUGGACGACGCGGAUUUGAAUCCUUACGCUACCACUCGGAUUUUUCAGUCACCGCCGAGUGGCUUAAAACUACCCACAUGCUGUCCUGAAGACCACCCAUCAACCCGGACUCUAGAGGAAGCCGUCCAAGUGAAUCAAGAACGAGUUCCGGGGGGCAGCAUGAGCCAAUGCAGGAUGGCGCCACUAUAAACACUCGCCUGCGCCAGAACGGGCUGGGCCGACCAUCAGGCCGCACCUGGAAGAAGCCUUGGGCCGACCAUCAGGCCCCACCGGGAAGAUGCCUACCGGCGCAAUAGGCAACAUAAAAAAAAAAAAAUAAAUAAAAUAAAAAAACACGGGAAUGCUACGUUCGAUGGGCAUUGGGCAUGGGAUCUUGACUUUCUGGGACCGGCUCAAGUAGAAAUAUAUGUUGAUUAAUCAUAUGUUUUAAAAGUUAUUUUUACAUUAAGAAACAAAAAUGUAUUUACAAUAAACACUUUAGUCAUCCACGGAUAUUCGUUCUUUCGAACAUGUAUCACAGAAAAUGUCAGCUGACCAGGCUGUUGCACAGAAGAAAAACCUCUAGAUUAAUCCACCCAAGUCCGCCCCACGGUCACCGAGUUGAGUCACAUCAGGCAGCACCCUGCUCAACCAAUAUUGUUCCCGUGUAAUAGCCGCUUUAACCAUCACCGCCAAGGUACCCGGCACGCUGGUGACUGGCGCUCCACAAUGGAAUUGUGUUUUGUGUUUCGUGUUCACGCUGCGAAUCAGCGCGUCAUCUUCUUGUGACCUGUAUGUUUAUUUCGCAUCACUUGUUCUCCUCUCUUCUGCUUAUUCACACUUUCCUUUUCUAUUGCAUUACACUAUUCAUUAUUUAAAGCAAUCAAAAUUUAUACCUUCGGUGCAUACCACGCAGGGGUAACUUUUUGGCAUUUUCAGAGUGAAAAAAGUGCACACUACACAUCGCAAAAUAAUGUAUAUUUAAUUCUGAGGACACCUGGAAACUCUUGUGUCAAACGGAGGUGUUUUGGGUGUUGGUUUCGUAACAGUGAUAAUAACCCCUAGGCCUGCCAAAACCCAACCAUCAGGGUAUAAGAUACAGGGUGAUUUUUUUUACUUUUCUUUUUUUAAAUAGUGCGUCUUAUAUAGCGGGAAAUAUGGUAUUUGUUUGCCCUGAAUUCUAUGGCAAUUUCUAUGGCAACAUAUUACAAGCACAGCCAUGGACUACAAAGAAUCAUAAACAGUAAUAAAGGUAAGUUUACAGUUGCUAUUGGACAAGACAAAAAAAUUUAAAUCAAUCAAAAUUUUUGCCUUUGGCAUACACUGCGCAGGUAACUUUUUGGCAAGUUUUGAGUGAAAAAAAGUGUGCGUCAUACGCUGUAACUCAACUUGACUCCAUGACUGUCGGAAUUGUUUGCCUUUCCAACGGCACCUCCUUGUUGCUUGGCAUUAUGGGUAGGCGGUGGGUGAGUGGUAGCAUGCUGGGCCCACAUUCACUGCGUGAAGGACGACGCGGGUUCGAAUCCCCACGCUACCACCUCGGAUUUUUGAGUCACCGCCGAGUGGCUUAAAACUACCCACAUGCUGUCCUGAAGACCACCCAUCAACCCAGACUCUAGAGGAAACCGUCCAAGUGAAUCAAAAAGGAGCUCCGGGGGGCAGCAUGAGCCAAAAGAAGAUGGUGCCACUGUAAACACUUGCCUGCGCCAUGACGGGCUGGGGCCGACUUAAAUUCAGGCCCCUCAAGAGAGCCUAUCGGCGCUACAGGCGUACACGUACAAAAAAAAAAAUAAUAAUAAUAAUAAUAAACCUGCUGUACCAUUUUGUGCCUUUAGUACCUCUGGAUCUACUCUCUUUACAUCUUCCUAAAACUGCUGUUCAGCAUUUUUAUGCAUUACUGGUGAGUGAUAAACACUCCAUGUCUUUUUCCUGAUUAUGUGAAUACAUUUUAUGUUUUCAGGGGUCCCUUCCCUCCCAAUACUCCAAAUAUUUGUUAACCUGAAUGACCUUCAGUGCACUGCCAUUCUGAUCACUGGACUUGAACAGUGUGUGAUGUCCCAGACAGGUAACCAUCACGUGGAGAGAAAGGAAAGAGGCGGUGGCAAUAAUAACUGUCCAUGAAGCAUGGCAUGGCAUGCUCUGUGCAGGUACUGUCUCAUCAUUUCCUAAAUAAUACAGUAAAAUGUCUGUUUAUAUUGUAUUAUAAUAUAUAAGUAAUCAAGAGGUAAUUUAAAGUAAAAAAGAUGAUGCACGUAGAUUAUGUGCAGGUACUACGCAAUAAUUUUUUGAGAUGAAUAUCUGCGGCUUUUGGCACGCAGAGGGGGCGCUGAAACCAAUACCGUCAUUACCUUUAACAGAUACAAUAAUAAUGUGUGAAAA